AUGAAGCGUCAUCGCGUCGGAAUGCCAAGAAAAGGCAAUAAAGUCCGCCCUCAAGAGUCGAGCGAAUCACCAUGUAAAGAUUCAUCUGAAAAAAGCGACACUGAAGACGAGGUCACACCACCAGACACUCCUCCGGCCCGGAAAAUCCUUAGAAGACUAUUGGAAACCGAAGUACAAAAGGCAAUGCAAGAGCUAGACGAAGAAUUACCCUCCGUAACGACAAGAAAAGAACACCGUGCAGCCUCACUUAUUCCAGAAUUCGACCCCGAUAAUGAAGAAUGUAGUACCGCAACAGCGUGGCUCAAGAAAAUAGAUCAACUAGGCGAAAUUCAUGGCUGGAGCGAAACUACAAAGUCGUUUUACUUACAGCAUAGACUAAGAGGUCAAGCCAGACGAUGGUACAAUCGGCUUGAUGACUACGAUUAUUCCUGGCAAGAAUGGAAGCAGAUGCUGACGCGUGCUUUUCCCAAACAUCGCGAUUUCGGGAACAUGUUAGAAGAGAUGAUGAGCCGAAAGAAACUACCAACGGAAUCGAUGACGAAAUACUACCAAGACAAAGUGGCCAUGUGCUUCCAGUGUAAGUUGUCUGACAGCGCAACAGUCUCCUGCAUCAUUCGUGGUCUACCAUCAUCACUUCAAGCGAAUGCGAGAGCAUAUCAGUGCGAGCAUCCCGAAGAAUUAUAUGAAGGCUUUCUCUGUGCGCUGGAUGAUUAUCAACCGCUGUCAACGUCAAUUAGAACACGUGUGCAAAGUAAAGACGCUUACGAUCGACAGGUAAUUGAUAAAAAAUACACGCCUAUUAACCCUGACAUUGACCCGUGUCCGCGCUGUAAGAAGACCGGCCACAUAUUACGUAACUGCCCGUAUCCAGAUUCACGAACAUGCUUCAAAUGUGGCAAGCAAGGCCACAUUGCUACGCGCUGCGGAAUCACUCCGAAACCUGCGCUACUGGCUGAUGAUAAAGUUAAAGAAAUUAAACUUUUACAAAAUCACAACAAGAUUUACGAAAAAGCGGUAAAGAUCAAUGGCAUUCACGUUAAAUCUUAUAUUGAUACCGGCAGCCAAGUAAAUGUAUUAUCUACCCACGUGUCGAGACUAUUGGAUCUCAAAAUCAACCCGACCAGCACUAUCCUAAAGGGAUUCUCUGGAGAACAUCUACCCAGCUGCGGAGAGGUAGGUUUUAAACUAGAAAUCGAUGGUAUACAUAUCCCGUGCAAGGCUCAUUUAACAGACGUGGAUAUGGGGAACAUCCAUCUUUUGGUUGGACAGCCCAUCAUCAACAGCGACGGAAUGGUCUUAGAGGUCAGGGAAGGAAAAGCCACUCUCAAACAAGAUAUCGACUUUACAAGGCAAAUGGAUGUGAUUGAAGAGCGCGCUCGCUUUAAGGUCGUCACUACAGAGAAAGAGCGUCUAUUGCCUGGACUUUCCAUCAUCAAGGUCAACGUGAUAGAUAAUGACGAAGAUAACAAUGUCGUCACUACGCCGCAACAUUAUGAGCUACGAGGUGUUUCGUACUCAAUUCCUGCCACUCUGCUACGAGGCACCGUCGGGUACAUCAAAGUCAUCAACAAUGGAGCUCAAAACAUCAUCUGGGAGCAAGGCGAGGUGCUGACCAGAGCAGAUAGCUGCGUCACCGCACCGCAACCAGAAGUUCAGGUUAGCCCUAAAAAUUACACUUUGCCAUCGACUUCCGUAGCCAAAGCCAAUAAUGAUUAUUAUAGCAACUCUAUAGCAUCUCUGUUGCAUACUAGCCUAGCAAACGUUAGCACUAUUGGGGGAAUAAACAUAGAAGAUAUUAAGUCGGGUCCAUUAAAUAAAAAUGAUCAUGAUAGUUUAAUUACUUUAUUGACUAAUUACAGUGACUGUUUUGCGAAUAAAACACAAGACUUGGGAUGUACAGAUUUAUUAAAAAUGAAAAUAAAAUUGACAACUGAACAACCUAUAUACCGCCAACCCUACCGCUUGUCACAUAGUGAGCAGGAGAUAGUUAGGUCUAAAGUCUCUGAAUUAUUAGACGCAGGUAUAAUCCGAGAGUCCGAGUCAUGUUUUGCUUCUCCAGUUAUCAUUGUAAAGAAAAAGAACGGCGAUAGUAGACUCUGUGUUGACUAUCGAGCACUUAAUGCUAUUACAGUCAAAGAUAGGUAUCCGUUGCCCAAUAUCGAUGAUCAGGUUUCAAAGUUAGCCGGCAAGAAUUUCUUCACAAGUCUUGAUUUAGCACAAAGUUACCAUCAGGUUAAAAUUGAUCCGGAAGACAUACACAAAACCGCUUUUAUCACACCACAGGGGCACUUUGAAUAUACGCGUGUCCCAUUUGGCCUGGCUAAUGCACCAUCAGUUUUUAUGCGACUUAUAAACAAAAUCGUAGAUUCAUUACGAAAUUCCAAUAACUUUUCAAAAGACGGUAGUACGAAAACUUGCAAUAAUUUUUCGAACAACUAUGAAGCGUUAGCGUUUUUAGAUGAUUUGUUGUUGCCAUCUUUCGAUGUGCAGUCGGGCUUAGAUAUUUUAGAGAAGGUACUUCAUAAAUUAAGAUUAGAAAAUUUAAAACUAAACAUGAGUAAGUGUUCCUUUUUACAAAAUAAAAUCACGUACUUAGGACAUGAAAUUACACCGAGUGGCAUUCAACCGGGUGAAUCUAAGUUGGCAGCAGUGUCACAGUUUCCCACUCCUAGUAACGUUCACGAGAUACGUCAAUUUAUUGGGUUAUGUAGUUAUUUCCGUAAAUUUAUUAAAAAUUUCGCAAUAAUUGCCCGCCCAUUGACCGAUUUAACAAAGAAAAACGCAGCUUGGAAUUGGGGCCGUGAACAAUCUAAUAGUUUUGAACUAUUAAAACAGUGUUUGUGUACAAAACCCAUACUAGCUUUAUACGACCCCGCAUUACCGACGGAGAUUCACACGGAUGCAUGCAAAUCAGGUAUCGCAGGCAUUUUGUUGCAAAAACAAACUGAUAAUUCAUUACGCCCCGUUAUGUAUUUCAGUAGAGUAACGAGUAAGGAAGAAAGCAUGUAUCAUAGCUACGAGCUCGAAACUCUCGCGGUAGUCGAAUCGUUGCGUAGAUUUAGGGUGUACAUCAUAGGCAAACAUGUUAAGAUCGUGACUGACUGUACGGCUGUUCGUGCCACCUUAACUAAACGUGACAUUAUCCCGCGUAUAGCCAGGUGGUGGCUGUCAAUCCAAGAUUUUGAUAUGAGUGUAGAAUAUAGACCCGGAGAGAGAAUGAAACAUGUAGACGCGUUAAGUAGGAAUCCAAUCGAUACUGUGAAUGUGAAUCGCCUUGAAGUGUCGGACUGGUUUUAUACCGUCCAGUAUCAGGAUGACAAGUUGAAGCGAAUCAUUGAUCAGCUUAGGGAUGGCUCAGCCGCCAUUGAAAUAUCCAAUAGUUAUGUAUUCUCAGAUGAUAGAUUGUAUAAAAAGACAUUGCAUGGUAAUCGUCUCGUAGUGCCAGCAUUAGCUCGAUGGAGGCUAGUCCAAAUGCACCAUGAUGACAUAGGACAUGUGGGUUUCCAAAAGUGUAUAGACUUAAUAAAAAAAGACUACUGGUUUCCAAAAAUGACUCGCUUUAUUCGAAAGUAUGUUACUGCUUGCCUUCAUUGUGCUUAUGGUAAGAGUGGUCAUGGUAAAAAGGAAGGAAAAUUGUUCCCUAUUCCCAAACCCACAGAGCCCAUGAUCAUGAUUCAUGUCGACCACUUGGGCCCCUUUUGCAAGACAGCUAAAGGCUAUCAGUAUAUGCUGGUUAUAACAGAUUCCUUUUCUAAAUUUUUUAUUGCUGAGCCAACUCGAACAGUCAAUUCGGUGGAAACCAUUAGAACACUCAGAAAAAUAUUCAGCUUAUUCGGAUACCCCGAUAAACUUGUAAGUGACCACGGGAAGGCUUUUACCAGUAGAUACUUCAAAAAGUUCUCAUCUGAUAAACAGUUUAGGCAUAUCUUAACCUCCGUCGCAUGGCCGCGAGCGAAUGGUCAAGUGGAACGCACUAACCGUACCAUAUUGAAUGCCUUGCGUGCCACAGAUGCUAGCGAGGCUGCAAAUAACUGGGCGAACAGCUUACCUAAUAUUCUAUGGGGUAUUAAUAAUACCGCGAAUGAAAGUACAACCUACAGACCUUAUGAUUUGAUGUUUUCCAAAAGCUCCAGGCCACGUUGUGACAUCGUUGGCAAUGGAAGUGUUAGUGAGCCAGUGGACGUUAGGCGUAACAAAGCUAGUAAACAGUUAAAACUAGCGAGUGAUAGGAUGAAACGUAACUUUGACAAGAAACGCAAAACAAGCCGUGUCUAUAAAAAGGGGGAUUUAGUUCUUUGGCGGCAAGCACCAACAAGCAGUACGUCGAAGGUAAACACUAAACUUGACGACGUCAUCUCGGGUCCAUAUAUCGUAAUCAAGGUGUUGGGUAAUGACAGAUAUAGGAUCAGAAGUAUUAAGGGACUCCGAGGCUACAGGGCCUUCACAGGCCUUGUUGCAGCGGACUCCUUGAGGCCCUAUCACAGUACGGUUCCCAUAUCUGACAGUGCCAGCAGUUCUGAUGAACAACUGGAAACCGAAGACCUUAUUGACCUGCUAGAAAGUUAA